AUGUCGAUCGGAAAGGCCUACGACGCCCAGGAGAGCGAUGGCUCCGAUGAGGAGCAGAGGGGUCGUUCUCGCUUCCCCGGCCGCACCACCACCACCAACCCCAACGCCGCCGCCGCCAACACCGGUCGCCCUCUGGGCUACGAGGGCUUCCUCACCGCCUCGGGCAUCACCCCCCGCCCCUCCGACCCCGCCGCCGCUCCUCCUCCUCCCGGCUUUGGCGCGCCCGUCCGCGGUCCCGGCGGUCCUGUUCGCGGCCCGGCCGGCUACAGGGGUCUCUCCGACUCCUACGUCGCCGCGCCUGGUGCCGCCUCUCCUUCGUCUUCGGUCUCCCAUCCCCGCGCGCGCACCACGACCAUCACCAUAUCCGCCGCCGCCGCCGCCGUCCCUCUCCCCCGCUCGUUUCCUAUUCCGAUCAUAGAGGCCGAGCCUCGCCACGGCCUGCCUGUUCGCCGCCGCACCCGCGACGACGACGACGACGACGAGCGAGACGACAGCCCCGGAGACGGUUUCGGCCGGCCUCCUUAG